AUGAAGCUCAACAUAUCCUACCCGGCCAAUGGGUCUCAGAAACUGAUCGAGAUUGAAGAUGAACGCAAACUCAGACCGUUUAUGGAGAAGCGCAUGGGAUCCGAAGUUCCCGGCGAUUCUCUAGGAGAUGAAUUCAAAGGAUAUCUAUUCAGGAUCACUGGUGGAAACGACAAGCAAGGUUUCCCUAUGAAGCAGGGUGUCUUGGUCCCAACACGUGUUAGACUGCUCCUCAGCGAUGGACACAGUUGUUACCGCCCCCGCCGAACGGGAGAGAGAAAGCGCAAGAGUGUUCGUGGAGCUAUUACCAACUUCGACCUCAGCGUCCUGGCCCUCAGCAUCGUCAAGCAGGGCGAAGGCGAACUCCCCGGCCUUACAGAUGUCGUCAACCCCAAGCGACUCGGCCCCAAGCGUGCCACCAAGAUCCGCAAAUUUUUCAGUCUCGACAAGAAGGAUGAUGUGAGAAAAUUCGUUAUCCGGCGCACCGUCACUGGCAAGAAUGGAAAGGAAUAUACCAAGGCCCCCAAGAUUCAACGUCUUGUCACCCCCCAGCGCCUCCAACGCAAGCGCCAGCGGAUCGCCCUCAAGCGCCGUCGCGCCGAGGCUGCCAAGGAACAAGCUAACGACUAUGCCAAGCUGUUGGCUGCGCGUGUGCACGAGGAGAAGGCCAAGCGUGUGGAGCUCCGAAAGCGAAGAGCGUCGUCGAUGCGAAAGUAG